AUGUGCUUCAGCGGAAGCUGGCUGCAGCAACGAGCCUGCAUAAGAAGCCGUUCAAUUCAGGAAACGAGCUGUAGAGCUGGUCACUUGCACUCUCUGCCAUUCUUUACACACAUAGUACAUACCAACAUAUUGGUGGCCCACGAUCGGCAACAUGAAAUCUCUUACAAGCAUCGCUAUCGCAGCGGCCUUAGCACUCUGCAAGUAGCAAACAACCAUGCAUAUUACAAACGUAUCCUAAUAAUCUUCACUUUAGUUGCCGGCAAUUCCUCCGCAUCCCCAACGUCAUACUGCAAUGGCAAAUCCAACAAGAUUUGCUACACCUGGGCUGUCCCAUCCUCAACAGCCUCGUCCAGCUCCGGCAACUUGUUCAUCCGUAUCCAAGCUCCCAUCGAAUACCAGUGGGUUGGCCUCGGCACCGGUGAUAAGAUGAGCGGCUCAACCAUGUUCGUCAUCUACCAAGAUGGUACUGGUAAAGUCACCCUGAGCACGAGGAUGGGACAUGGCCAUGAGAUGCCGGAACACAGUCUCAUGCGCUCUGUGAGGCUGAUAGAGGGCAGUGGUGUCGUGAAUAACACGAUGGUUGCCAAUAUUCGUUGCGGCGACCUCGGAAAUAUGCGGUUCAAGGGAUCGAAUCAUUGGAUCAGUGCUUGGAAGGCUGGAAGUUCUUUGCACACGACCGACAUUGAUGCUGAUAUCGAGGAGCAUGAUGGGCACAAUAGCUUCUCGGUUGACUUCUCUGAAGCUGUUGUGAACUCCAGUAGCAACCCCUUCAUUCACAUGACGACUACUACACCGAGUGGUGCAAGUUCUGGUGGCGGUGGAGAAGGCAAAACUAGCACUAUCCACGGCAUCAUUAUGUCGGUGGUUUUUCUACUGGGCUAUCCGCUCGGAUCGCUAUUGAUGCCCAUAAUCGGAAAGUGGUUUAUCCACGCUACGUGGCAGAUGAUCGUCUUUAUCGGCAUGUGGGCUGGGUUUGUUGCUGGCAAGUUGGCUGCCGACCGUACCGGUGAUUGGUUCAACGCUCCGCAUGUCAUCAUCGGCACAGUGGUUUGUGGUUUGAUGGCCGUCCAACCAAUCUUAGGAUGGCUACAUCAUAGGAAUUUCGCUAAGUAUCAGCGACGAACAGGCAUCAGCCACGCUCAUAUUUGGUACGGCCGAGCUCUAAUGAUCCUUGGAAUUGUCAACGGUGGGCUUGGUCUGCAACUCGCUGGCGCAUCUAUGAAACUCAUUAUAGGCUAUGGCAUAGUUGGUCUGGUAACCUUUUUGAUGUACACCGCGGGCGCUGUUCGCAAGAUGCUGAGGGGACCGAAAAAGCAUCAACAUGAACCCCUGAAGUACAAUGGCUCUUAUAGCGCGGUAGCAUUGAUUUAA